GAGUGAACACCGGACAUGAGUGACGAGCGGAAAUUGCCCAUCGAGCAAUCGUACGCCGCCAAUAAUCGCGAAAUCAAUUUGUCCACUACCGAGCAUCACCCUUUCAAGCUCUCUCGAUCCAAUCAAGGGAUCAUUCGCUCAAGGCUCGAUCUGAGUGCUGACAAAGGCCAUGGCGACCUUGAGAUGCACGUGGCCCGAAAAUCGUCCUGCUCAAUUGGUGCCAACCAAACCUUCUCAGAGGGAUCCACACUGUCCCAUGAAUUUCGCGACUCUGACUCGGGACCUACCAUUCCCUUGCAGGUCGUGACUUCUAUGGCUAUGGCCAUUGCUGCUCAAAGGAUGAAAUCCGAACCUAGCUCCCAUUUUGACGAUGGGGACGACAGCCCCGACCCAAUGCAAAGUGACAUGAUUUCUGGCGGGCAGGACUCUCCGAUGUUGGAUGUCCCGUUCGCGUCGCCCAACGAAGUGUUUUGCUCCGUCCCAGGUCGUUUGUCACUCUUGAGUUCCACCUCCAAAUACAAAGUGACUGUGGCUGAAGUACAAAGACGAUUAGCUCCCCCCGAGUGUCUUAAUGCCAGCCUUCUUGGAGGCGUUUUGCGAAGAGCGAAAUCAAAAAACGGGGGGAAAUAUCUGCGAGACAAGCUCACUCGUAUAGGUCUGGGAUUACCCGCAGGCAGACGAAAAGCUGCCAAUGUUACCCUACUCACUUCCUUGGUUGAAGGCGAAGCAAUCCAUCUGGCGCGUGACUUUGGUUAUGUUUGCGAGACCGAGUUUCCUGCCAGGCAAAUUGCCGAGUUUCUCUCCAAACCCUUUGUUUCUAAUUGCGAAACUGCCAGGAGGAAAGAGCUCUUACUCGGAGCUAGGUUAAUAACGGGCGAGCUCUUGGACCUUCUCAACCAGGACCGUUCCCCUCUCUGCAAUACGGCACCCAGUCGGAUCUUGGAUUCGACAAUCCAAAAGCAUCUGAGCCAAUUCUCACUUAUCACUCAUGGGUUCGGUGCUCCAGCCAUUGUAGCUGCCCUGACGGCUGUUCGAAAUUAUGUCUCCGAGAGCAUUCGAUAUUUGGAAGAGAAGCAUCACCCUUUGCUAGAAAAACGAGACAUCAUUCAAACUGAAGAAUCAAAACAUGUGUCGAUGUACUUGGGACAAGGACCCAUUCGGCACUCCUAAUAAACAUGAAAACUGAAAUUGUUGGACCAUGAUUGA